UAUUGGUGGAAGGUAUGGGAAAAUCUGUCUGUCAGAGGAAAAAUCGAUAAACGAUUCGAUCAAAAGUUCCGUCGUCUGGAUGUGUUCCGACAGUUGUGGAAUAUUGUUUCAUCAAUUACAACCGUUUCGGGACCGUUUUAAGAGCUGAUAGUGGUACUAAUGUGAAGUGUAGUGUGUUUGGAAACUGUUGGAUAGAAGUUAAAUUCAACGCAUUUUGUGUGGGAGUAAUCUAUUGCGUACUGCAUGAUAGUUUUGGACGGAAAAUUUCUAGUUGAAACACAAGCUGUACGGAAUUGUGCAUUUUACUGCCGAAUUUUAUCGAAAUAUGCUAGCUUCCUAUCGAUGAAUUCGUUUAAUCAUCGUGCUAUUAUUUUAUAAACGAGAAUUCUCCGGGUAAUGCCUCUGUCAAAAUCGAUACUACGCUAGUCGAAUUACUGCAUAAGCUUCGUGUGUAUCGAAACCGAGUGUAUGAGUCAUAGUGCUGCGAUCAAAGUGCAUCCAACCAGGAGAAUCAUCACUGUGUGUGCUCCGUGUGCGGCUUGUUUCCAUUAAACUUCGAUCAAAACAAACAAAGGAUAUUGAAAACGUUGCGAGGCUAGCGAAAAAAAAGAGGAAAACGUGAACAACCAAUUUUGUCGCCGAUAAGCAACGCAAAAUUUUCAUCACGAAUCGAAACACGAAAAUGCGCGCGCUGGGCAUAGCGCAGCCCAACAAUCACCACCAGACCGGAGGAAGUCUGGGCGGACAGCCUGGUGGCGCCAGGCACGGGGAUACCAUCACACUGCCCAAGGCUAUCCUCGGGAGCUCCGGAAGCAACUCGUCCAACGGGGCCGGCUCGGCCGCUGGAAGCCUUGGAGGUAAUGGAACGGGCGGUUGCAACGAAUCCAGUGCGCAGGAUACUAUUUAUCUGUGCAAUUUCCGCGUGUCGGUCGAUGGCGAGUGGCUCUGUCUGAAGGAGCUGCAGGAUCUCGACAUUAAAGAUGGCAACCCGGUUUGCAGCAGCGGAAGCGGCAGCGGUGGAGGUGGCGGCACUGACAGCGGCGGCAACGGUGACGGUGAUAGCUCGCUCAAUACUUUCGGUAUAAUCGAGAACGCAAAGUGCGAAGAGAAGAUUUGCGAGCGCGAUUGGGUUAACUACUAUUCCCGUGACCCGGCUUCGAUCGAGCGCAGCAAUCUGGUCAAUAUCUGCAAGCUGGUGGUGAAGGAGCUGCUGGAACAAUCGAUUCGCUUCGGACGGAUGCUGGACUCGGACCAUCUACCUUUACAGCAUUUUUUCAUCGUCCUGGAGCAUGUACUUAGACAUGGGCUGCGACCCAAGAAGGGAUUGUUGGGUCCGAAGAAGGAACUGUGGGACAUUCUACAGAGUGUGGAGCGGUACUGUAUCGAGGCGCAAGAUAUUACCUCUUCCGUGCGGGAUCUUCCCACGGUUCGUACACACAUGGGUCGCGCCAGGGCGUGGCUGAGGCUGGCUCUGAUGCAGAAAAAGCUAGCCGACUAUUUACAGGUGUUGAUCGAACAUCGGGACGACACACUGGCGGAGUAUUACGAACCACACGCGCUGAUGAUGAGUGAUGAGGUCAUCAUAGUUAUUGGCAUUCUGGUAGGAUUGAACGUGAUAGACUGCAAUCUGUGUGUGAAAGAAGAGGAUCUCGACUCACAGCAGGGCGUCAUAGACUUUUCGCUGUACCUAAGGUCCAGCUCCAGAAACAGUCCAGAUGACGAAAACAAUGGUGGGAACGGUACUGCCAACGCCAUUGAAGGAGCAUCGAGUGGAACGAUGACUGCGGUGCUCGACCAGAAAAAUUACAUUGAAGAGUUAAAUCGACACCUGAACGCAACCGUUGCCAACCUGCAGGCCAAGGUUGAAUCGCUGACCACUACGAAUGCCUUGAUGAAGGAAGAUUUGGCCAUUGCUAGGAAUAGCCUGUUGGCAUUGCAAGCGGAGAACGCUGCCCUGAGGCGUGUAUCGCAGCACGGCCAACAACUCGACGAUAAGACCAAUGUUUUGGAUCGAUUCGAUCCAGAAAUGGCCGAAGCACUCGCAGAGGAACGAAAGAAGCGCCAGGAGGCAGAGAAGGAAUUGGAAUUACAAGUCUCACUCAAAGCGGAAACAGAAAUGGCAAUGAAAUUAUUGGAAAAAGAUAUUCACGAGAAGCAGGACACAAUCGUAUCCCUCAGACGUCAACUAGAAGACAUCAAGUCCAUCAAUUUGGACAUGUACCGAAAACUCCAGGAAUGUGAAGCAUCACUGAAGCACAAAACCGAGCUAAUGUCGCGAAUUGAAACACAGCGAGAAUCGAUGGCUAACGCCAUAGCGCAGUUAGAGAAGAAAUUCAACACAGAAAGUGCCAGUUUCAGUGCACUCCAAGAUACCUCUCAAGCAUUAUCCCUCCAAGUGAUAUCCUGCGAACAGCGAGCAACGCGGGCUGAGGCAGAUCUUCGUAUCGAACGCGAGUGGCGAACGACGAUGCAAGAGAAUGAGGUCAAACAUAAGGAGCAAAUCAGCACUCUCCAGUGUGAAGUUCGGCAGCUCACUGAUGAAUUGAAGCAAUGCGAUCGAACCAAAUCCGAAGUUAUCAAACUGCGAAAGCAGUGGGAGGAAGAUCAACGAACACUUGAAGAGCUAGGAGUGCAGUUGAGUGUAAGCAAGCUGCAGAUCUCGGACCUGAAAGAAAAAGUGCAACAUCACAACAGUGAUGGAAAGAACAACGCAGAUUCUACGAGCAACGGUGGUUCUUGGACGCCUGAUGGGGUCGUAUCUAAUUGCAAAAGUUGUGGUAAAGAGUUUGGUAUUACUCGCCGGAAGCACCACUGUCGCCAUUGCGGUAACAUCUUCUGCUCUAACUGUUCAGGCCACGAGGCUGUGAUACCGGGCGAGUCGAAUGGAAAAUCGGUACGCGUUUGUAAUACAUGCUGGCAGAGAUUGGCGAGCAGUACUACUCCUGUAAAGUAGUGGUUCCGUGUGUGAAGUGUAUUAUAUUGUGCAAAAUGCUGCACCGUUCGUAUAACCGAAACUGUUCUGAAACAGACGUGUUAUGUCGUUUGACUUUCUAGUGCAAAUAUGUCGAAAUGCCUUAUUGACAAAGAACAAAAAUUUAAAACAAAUCAGCGAUACUCAUUUGGCCGAUAAAUCGUUCAUAGUUUGUAGAGGCGAACGGAUAUUAUAUUGUGUUAUAUGAAUAAUAUGUAGAAAUAUAGUAGAUGAUUACCCUGUUGAAACAGGUGUAUAUUUUAACUGAAAUAAACUUUUAAAAACGCUGUGUAA